UAUAGAACAAGUGUUAAUUUUUUAAUGUUGUCUAGAAUUUAUUUAAGUUACCAGUAGUGGAGUUAUACAUCAUAAUGAUUAUAUUUAAAAUUUUCAUAUCUGUUAUUGUAUAUACAAAAUGUUCUAUUUCCAUGGACCUUAUAGAAUUGCAUUGCAACUUCUCUAAAUAUUUUUUUAAUUAUUUCAAAUACAGUGAGCAAUAUUUAUUGAACUUCAAAAAUACAAUUUCUGAACUCGAACUAAGAAAUUAUGGAUUAGCAAUCAAAACUCAUGAUGAAAUCAUAAUGAUCAUGUUAGAUGCAUUAUGGAAUAUAAAGGAGGAGUAUAUAGCAGAAGAUUUAAUGACGAUAAAUUUAUAUUUGAACAAUGUUUCAGGAUCUUUAAACAUGAUCGCUAAAAAUGAAAAUGGUGAAUUCAGUAGAGCUGAAAGCUCUCAGAAUUUACUUCAAGGCUAUAAACUAAUUAUUCGAUCAAUUGUUGAACGAUUGGAAUACUUUAUUAAUAGCAAAUGUUUAGAUGUAUCGUUUAAAAAUAAUUUCAUAUCAUACACCUAUUUUAAGGUGCCGCCAAUUAGUUGCAUGCCAGAUAUUUUGCUUCGUAUUUUGGAACAACUAAAAAAUAACAUAUUUAUUGUUAUAAAAGAAUAUUUAUUAUGGUACGAUGUGAACGAUGAUGAAAUAUUAAAAAGUUAUACUGUCAUUGUGAAACAUUUAGCGUUGUCUUUUCGUAAGCAAUCAUAUAACAAUUUUUAUCCUAAAAAUUUGUUAUUUUAUGAUUUAAUGGAAACCCGAUCUAAUUUAUCCAUGCUAGAAUUAUCGUCAGGAUCUCAGGCGAAACAAACAGCCAGUUACAUAGAAAAUAAUCAAAUUAAUGUUUUAUUAGACAUGCUGAGAUCGGUCCAGUUUAAAAGAAAUGUAUCGAGUGGACAUGUGAUGGAAAAUCGGCCGCUUUAUUUGAAGUUAGACUUUGCAUCAGGUUCUGAUACUAAACAGUAUUUUAGAUGUAACAGCGAAAAACAACUUAAUGUUGUUUUAGACAUUGUUCGACAUGCGCCGUUAAGAAUAAAAUGUACUAAUAAUUAUCAAAUAAAAUUAUUCGAUUUUUUUCGUUUCAUCAUACUCGAUUUUGACUUUAAAAAUGUACAAGCAUUUAAAAAAUUAGUAAAUGCAGCAACAGUUCGCCCAAUUUUGAUGAUCGUACGUUUUUAUUUUUCAUUAGUUAGAAAAUUUCUUUUACUUGAUAAAUUUGAAGAUGUGGAAUUAAAAGACGUUAUGAAAAAUUUAAUCAUUGGAAUGGGAAAACAAAUUGUUGGAAUCAUGAAAUUCUUUAUAAAUUUGAAUUUAUUUGAAGAAAAAUAUGUAAAUAAAAUUGUUCAUAUUUUUAAAAUGACUUACAAAAUUAUUUUAUCUUUCGAAGAAUGCAAUAAAUUGUUUACAAGUAAAGAAGUGGGAAUAAUAGUAAAAAAUUUAAAAAAUUUUUUGAGAAAAAAUGCUUUAAAUAGUAAAUUUGGUCAAUUACAGAAAGCAGAAGUCACAGAAAACAAUAUUAUUGACAUUUUUUAUUUAUCUGUUGCAGAAGUAAAUAAAGUUACUUUAUUCGUUUUAGAGUUGAAAAAAUAUCACUAUUGUUUUAAGACUCCAAAUAGAUAUAUUCCUACAAGAUUCAUAGAGAAGUAUAGAUUUCAAACUACUCUCAAGCAUAAUAUUCCAAUCGAACAAUUAGAAAAUCAUGAAGACAUAUAUCGACAACUUUAUUUUCCUGGUGACAAUUCAAAUUAUAUAAAAGAACAUUAUAAUCAGAGCUCGAGUGAUGAAAAUGAUGAGAUGAAUAAUGAUGAGAUGAAUAAUGAUGACAAUAAGGAUUUUGAUGUAGCAAAACAGACAUAUUACACUCCUAAAUAUCUAGUUGAUUAUUUACUUUAUAAAUAGUUUUUAAAAUGAAUUUACUUUAUAUAGUUUAUUUAAGUCUCAUAUACAAUAUUUAGAACACAAAAAUAAGUACAAUGUAACACGUAUAUUUAAAUAAUUAAACAACAAUAAUAAAUAACAAUGCCAAUUUAUAAUUAAUAAUGUAAAUUACAUAGUUAAUUCACAUAACUUUUGCGGCUAAAAACUUGUAUUGGUAAUUUUUUUUAUAAUAUGUUUAUAAGUAGAGUUAGGCAUUAUUAUAUGCAUUUAUAAAUUUUUUUUUGAACCACUUUGGAGGCUCCCAAGUUUGUGUAAUUUUGUUGUAGAAUUAUACACUAUAAAUAUAGAAAUAAAUUUCAUUUUAAGGGGUAUAAACAUUCCUAAUUCCCACAACAUUAUAACCUCUAUAACAACACAUUACUAAGUUUUCAAGUCAAUUAAUAAAAAAUUUUACUAGCUGAUGGUAUGUUCAGAAUAACUGAACAAAAUUUAUAAAUCCGUAUUAUUCUUAUCUUUGUUCAUAAGAAUUAAUUGAUAUUAAUCAAUAAAACAGGUCUAAAAAAAA